CGCAAGCAGUAGUGACUUUGAUAAUAUUAUUAAAAAAAAAGUAUUUGUUUAAAAGUUUUAAGAAAGUUUAACUGACCAUGUUUGGGAAACCUUUUACCCAAUCGACUGUGGCCAUCGUCAUGCUGUGGAUGUUGCUAUGUUGCCAUUCGACUAGCACGGAAGGUCAUCGCAUAUUGGCGGUUUUUUCAUUUCCUGGUAAAAGUCAUUACAUGAUGCAUUCGGCCCUCAUUAGGGAGCUGGUGCAGAGGGGUCAUCAGGUGACCAUGGUGGCAGCAUUCAGUUUGAAACAUUUGAAUUUGGGUCACAACUAUACGGAAAUACUAAUCGAGCCAGUCUAUGAUUUUUGGAGUGAUGUUAUACCCUUCUUAAAGGCCGACAAUAUAUUUGAUCUCACCACCAUUGGCGUCUUGGAUUAUCACUAUAUGCUUGAGGUCAUAGGGCUUACCACCACAGAGCAUGCCUUGAAGCAGCCCAAGAUUCAAGAGCUUAUAAAUCAUCCCCAUCCCAGGGGUGAAUAUGAUCUGCUAUUGUGUGAGCAAUUCUAUCAAGAACCCUUUUUGGCCUUGGCCCACCUCUAUGACAUCCCAGUGGUGACCAGUGGCACAUUGGGCUUUGAGAAUCACAUGAGUCAAAUGAUGGGUCUAUUGUCACCCUGGUCUUUUGUUCCUCAUGGUUUUACCGAUUACAGUGAUCGCAUGACAUUUAAGGAGCGUCUCUUAAACACCUACUAUUCUCUGGGUGAGGAUAUUUUGCGAGAAUAUCACUAUUUUCCCCAAAUGGAUCGAAUGGUUCAAAAGUAUUUUGGACAUUUAAAUGUUUCUAUUCCCUCGGUAUCUAAAAUGGAGAAGAACAUUUCGGUAAUGUUGCUCAACAGUCAUAUUCCCUUAUCUGCACCAGUGCCAUUGGUGCCUGGUAUGGUGUUUGUAGGAGGCAUGCAUAUUUAUCCACCCAAGAAACUGCCACAAGAUAUACAGCAAUUUCUGGAUGAAGCUCCAGAGGGAGCCAUCUACUUCAGUUUGGGCAGCAAUGUGCAAUCCAAGGAUAUGCCUGAUGAUAAGCUGCGUAUAUUUCUCGAUGUUUUUGCCUCUAUGAAACAACGUGUCAUCUGGAAAUUUGAAAAUGAGAGCAUUGUUAAUCUUCCCAAAAAUAUCCUUAUCAAGAAAUGGCUGCCUCAAUCGGAUAUCUUGGCCCAUGGUAAUGUCAAAGUUUUCAUAACCCAUGGUGGCCUCUUUGGCACCCAAGAGGGUGUUCAUCAUGGUGUACCCAUGUUGGGUAUACCCUUUUACUGUGAUCAACAACUGAAUCUCAAGAAGGCCGAAAGAAAUGGUUAUGCCAUAAGUUUGCAUUUUCAAUCGAUUACCCAUGAUGUUCUCAAGGAUGCCUUAAAUCGUUUAAUAUACGAUGCUAGCUAUCAUGAUAAUGUCAAACGUUACUCUAACAUCUUUAGGGAUCGUCCAAUACAGUCACGUGAUGCUGCUGUCUAUUGGAUCGAAUAUGUGAUACGACACAAAGGUGCUCCACAGAUACGUUCGGCUGGCCUUGAUCUGACAUGGUAUCAAUUCUAUUUGCUUGAUGUCAUAGCAUUUGUUGUUGCUGCAUUGUUGUUGGCAAGCCUGGCUAUUGUUAUCCUUGUGAGACAGAUACUCUACGGUAUAAGGCAAAGAAGGAAAAUUAAAAUGAAUUAAUUAAAGAAUAGUUGUUU